AUGGCCCCUUCAAACGUCACCCACCGUCUCGCCCGCAGUAUUUCCUACGUUGUCAUAUCAUCUAGUCCUUCUGGACGGAUGACACUUCCUCUCAUCGAUCCUGCUACAGGGGAGCUCGAACAUUAUGUUCUCGUCAAGACGAAGAGUCCAUCCUCGACCGCUAUCACCACUCCCAUCAAAGCAGAGGUGCGCCCCUACUCGUCUCGACGCACGCUUUCCGAAAACGGCGCGCUUUUCUCCAUCUCCCCUGCAAGACGCACGAAACAUGAACAGCGUCUCGCUCAGCUCUCCGAGCGGUACUUGCUCGAUGUGUCGCCGGACGCAUUGAGGCUCGUCGAAGAGGAUGGCAAAUGCUCAUAUAUUGCGCGUUCCCAGCCUUCCUCGCCUCCCUGUCCAAAACUCAAAUCUUCGGCCUUCUUCAGGCGCUUCGAUGUCCGCAGCCCCGCGCACCAUGGGACCCCGUCGCUGGUCAACGAGACUGAUAUCUCCUUACUCUCUAGCCCAUCGUGCUCGCUCACACACACGCCUUCUCGCCGCUCACGCUCACCUUCUACACGCGCGACAGGGUCUAGCGAGUUCCCCUACGCGAACGUGAGUGUUUCUGAGGGCAAUGAGUCUGUCCUAGUGGGCCUGGGGCUCUCAGGUGUGAUGAACGAAGACGGGUCGCCGUUCAACGGUCUUGGCCUCCUCCCCCGCAUCGACUGCUCGACGCCCGCCGAGCACCGCGCGCACGACGCAUGGACGCUCUUCGGCGACCGCCGCGACCUCGCGCACUCUGCACACUCACAAGAUGAGGACCUCGAUCCAGAAGCGCUCUUCUGGAGAGACGCGACCGCGGCGGACUUCCGGAAGCGGCUCGACGAGGAGGUACAGAAGUGCAAGCAGUUUCCGAACCGUACCCAGUCCCCCUCGCGACUGUUGGCCUCAUAUUCGUUCAGUACGCCGUUGAUGGGCCUUCGCGCGUCUGGCUCGUUUAGGAUGGCCCAGUAUCGAGAGCACGUCGCUGCACGAGGGAACGUGCAUCGUCACAGCGUGCCAUGUGCCCCGUUACGGGACGGCAUCUUCUUAUCUGGCUCAUCGUAUGGUGGGGACAAUACCGUUGGAACACCGACUCCCACUGGAUUGCGCAGGGUGUCUCUCGGACUUUCUCUCCGCGACGUCAGUCGUCCUGCAUCGACGAGCUUGUAA